CUUGUCCUCCCAUAACACAGACAGAGGGACAGGAGAGGAGUCAAAAUCCAGUAACCCAACAUAAACCAGCUGGACAGAAUAACAACCAAUCUCACUCUGUGGAUGUACUACAGUGCAAGAGAAGUGACUGUUUCUGCCUCAGCUUGUCACAUGCACUCAUUGUAGUUGGAGAGGAAAGUCAGACUGAGUGUGGGAAUCCAGUAGCCGAGCGGCUGCUCAGUCCUUGAUCAUGAAGCUUAAUGUGGCACUGUUUUUUGCGGGGCUCUUUGGGGCGUUGGCAGCUGUGUUCAUCCUCCUCUCAUUUGGAACGGACUACUGGCUGCUGGCCUCAGAGAGUUGCCACUCAAACCCUGACGGAUCUCCAGGCCCGGGUGGGGUGACUAUAGAGCCUUACGAUGUGGUGGUGCAGGAGGGCGCUAGUGAUAUUACUCUAUACCAUGAGGGAUUUUUCUGGAGGUGUUCCUUUGGAGGAAACGCGGCUGAUGACAACCUGCUUUGGACACUCUGGUUCACAAAUCAGCCUCACUCAAAAGUAUGCAUGCAUGCCUACCUCUUCCCAUUCCCCGUGUCUCAUCAGACCCACAACUCCACAGAGUAUGACUCAGCCAUAAUCUACAGAGGCUUUUGGAGUAUCUUUAUGCUCAUUGGUGUGGCAGCUGUAGUGCUUGGUGGGUUCUUCAUCAUCUGUGCUGCUCCGUUCGCCAGCCACCGCUUGUACAAAGCAGGAGGAGGCCUCUUCCUGGCAUCUGGUCUUUUCCUGCUGUGUGUGGUGGUGAUGUACGUCCUGUGGGUGGAGGUGUUGGAAGUGGUGGAUGUCUACAUAAACCACCAGCGCUCUGCAGUGUGUCCAAACUUCAAGCUGUCCCUCAACUAUGGUCUGUCCUUCAUGUUUGCCCCCGUUGGCAUCUUCUUCUGCCUCCUGGCUGGCCUUCUUUUCCUUCUUAUAGGCCGAACCAUCCAGAUUCACUACCACUGACCAGCAGCAGUUUAGAGGGUGGGGAUUGAGAUGUCUGGAAUACAGGUGGGGGUUUAUUUUGUUUUUUGUUUUUUUUUACAGCCAGACUGAUAUGUUCACAAUUUAUCUGCCUUGUGAGAGCAAGACUGUUUGGCAGCUCUGUGGUAUAAAUGAUCUGACAGGCUUGAACACUUUGUUUCAGGUUCAAAACAUGGCAACCAUUGUUGAGCUUGGAAAUGGGAUCAUAAUCGCUCCAUCCUGAGCUACUUUGAGCUAUAUUACAUACAGUUCUGGGCUAUCCUUAGAUAGUAUACUAUGUGGGGAAUUCUCAACAAGGCUGAUCACACAUAAAUAUUAAAUAUUUUUGAUUGAAUCUUGACUGAUGACAAUUACGAGGGUAUAAUAAUCACCAGCAAUCACAUGAUUAUGAUUUGAUGAGGAAAAUGUAGUUCAUUGAAGCAUUUCAUGCUUGUGUGAAAGAGUGCUGGAGAGGUGAAAAAGACUGUUCCCUGGUUUAUAUCAGCACUUGGUUGAACAAGUAUUAAAAUAUUUACACUUUAAGACACAAUACACUUUAUACAGUGUGAAAAAUGUGGAUAGUAAUAAGCUUGUGGUGUGGCGUAAUGCUUUUUACAGUAUAUUCUGUAUAUAACUAAUGUGUGUUUGGAGAGGGUGCUGGCCAGCAGCCUUUUCAGUUUAAAGGAUAAGGCUGAUAAUAUUCUUUUUUUUCUAAUGAAAAGAUCAAGUGUAUUAGUCUCUCAUUACUUAAAUCUUAAAUAAGUAAAUCUUUUAAAAACAGACCAUGAAUAUAUGCAUUUAUUUUUAAAAGAAUCUCCAGAACAGCUGUAGUUUUCAAACAGGACUGACACAGGAAUAAAUAUGGCAUUUGUUGGGUACUAUCUCCAGCUGCAGGUCAAUACACAUGUGGUGUUCUGGUGAGUAUUUACAGCAGCAGGACAGUGUAUGCGGGAUCAACUCAAUAUAAACUACAGCAUCCAGUGUACAGUGUUCAUCACAGUAACUUAUCACAGCAACAUGUCACCCAGUGCAACGAUAGAUUUUUGCACAAUAAUGGAGCUCUAUGUCACAGAGGAAUAAGCUGUUUCAAGCUUUGGAUACACAGACAAUACGUGUUAGUCGAAUCAAUUCAUUGUUGCUUCUGGUCUUUUCACUUGACUUGUUAACAAUAUGAAAAUAUAGAAUAAUAUUAGACUUAUCCUUUAAUAUAAUCAAAUAUUCAUAUUUCACAGAGUGUAUGAUUCUUAAUCUUUUCUGCAGUAUGAUUUUACUGUUGUACAUAGCCUGAAACUGUGCCGUUAUUUGGUCAUGGUUUGACCAGCUCACAGGGUCAACACAGUUUAUUCUGUUUAUAAGUAAAGCUUGUAGCAUGAAUGCAUUUUUUUAAUGUUGCAUUUCUGUCAUUGUUUUUGUUGGGUUUUUCCUCUAUGAGCUGUUAUGUGUGUUGUGAGAUUCUUAUAUCAUAUCAUGUUUGUCCAAAUAACUCUUAAAUUCUUCUUCUGUGAUGUAUUUGCCAAUAAAAUAAAGAA